AUGAUCGAAGAUUGGAAGCGACGAUUUCGAGAAUCGCACCCGAAUACACCAAUUAGGGGCACAGAAGUAUUUGAUUACAUCCAGGAAUGGAAACAAAAACGAAAACAAAAACGGGAAAGUCGUCAAAAACAGAAUUCUAUAGAAUCAAAUUCGGAUUCUGAUUCCUCCACUUCAAACACCUCGGGAGGAGAUGAUCAGAGACAGCAUACGCAAACGUUCUGUUCCGCUGAACGUCAAGGUUUCUUCGAUAAGAAAGAUAAAUGGAAAACUGAUUUCGUGUUUAUGCGAAUAGUGCCCGUUGAAGACGAUCUGAGUGAGCAACGAGUAUACUCAGUUGGAAGCCCUCGCUUUGGACUAAUAACUUCUAAAAUGUCAAAAGAUUCCUCCAGGGAGUUGUUGACGCGGUGGGUCGAGCAUAAGGCAUCGAUGAGGCCGAAAUACAUGAACAAGCUACCAGUGCAUUCACUUUGCCGCCCGGUAAUCUAUCACGACGAAGCAAUCUUCGUGGAUAGAGCGAACCCGAAAGUGGCGUUUGGAAUAUCGAUCUUCGAACAUCCAGACGAGGGACUUCUUGGUGCCAUUAGAGACAAGCUCUUAGCGAUUCUUUUUCGCGAUACUUAUUCAGAAUUCAAAAGAGAAAUUCCGAUCGACUGUUCCCGUGGUUGUCCUCCCUUCAAACCCGCAAACUGGAGUGGUGCGUGUGUUAUUGAAGACGGUUAUUUCGUUUGUGUGCAGGACUGUUAUACAAGACAGGGUUCAGUCUGGAAGCUGAAACUGAAUACGUCUGAAAACCGUUUAUUAUCAGUGGAAUGGAUCGAAUGGCUUCCUGAGUUGGAUCUUGGACAAUACGACCUCGUCGAGAAUGGUGCAUUUCGAAUGGAUAAAGCAAGCCGUACGGCUUGUGUGAGUUGUCAUUUAAUCACGAAGGGUGACUAUGGAGACGAUAUAAUACACAAAAUCUGCCUGUCCACCCUCCACCCAACUAAACCAAAAUACAGUAGCGAGCCAAAGGGAAGGGCGCAGCGGGUGAAUGUAUCCGGUGCUCCCUCGUCAUGA